AUGCAUCUCAUCCUCACUGGUGCCACCGGCCUUGUCGGCUCAGGCGUGCUAGACGCCAUGCUACAGAACAGCGCAAUCUCCAGAAUCUCAAUUCUCAGUCGCCGACCUGUGCAAAUGGCAGAAGACCGCAAAGACCCCCGGGUUCACGUUAUCACCCACAAGGAUUUCGAGACCUACCAGCCCGAACUACUUGAACAAUUAAAAGACGCAGACGGAUGCGUUUGGGCCUUAGGAAUAAGCCAAAACAGCGUCGAUAAAGAACAAUACAUCAAAAUAACCAAAGACUACACCCUAGCAGCCGCAAAUGCAUUCUCAACCCUCAAGCCCUCAAACCCACCCUUCCGCUUCAUCCACGUUUCCGGCGAAGGAGCAACCCAAGAACCAGGAAUGUUCUCGCAGUUAUUCGCAAAAGUCAAAGGAGAGACCGAGUCGCUGCUUGGUGACAUCUCAGCCAAGAACCCAGGUACAUUCCAAGUGGACAGCGUGCGGCCCGCAGCCGUCGAUCCAACCGGUCAUGAAGCUAUCAAGCCGUAUCUCCCAGAUCACGGAUUCUUGUACAAAGUUAUGGGGACCACUCUCAUGCCCGUUGUCAAGAAUUUCUAUAAAUCGUUCCACUCGCCCACGCCGGAACUUGGUUCGUUCUUGACUCAGUUGGCGAUGGGGAAGAUGGAUUCUAAGAUUCAGGGCCCUGGUGUGUUCAGGCUUGGUGGUGGAUAUGUCGUUGAGAAUAAGGCGGUUCGGAGAAUGAUGGCGAUGUGA